AUGCAGGAGGACCCGGAGGACGAUGAGGAGCAAGAAGCAACAGCAUAUUCAGCAGCAGCAGAGGGAGAGGAACGCCUUGUCGAGUGCGUAGAACCACAGCCACCAACCGCAGACCAGCAGCAGCAACAAGUGCAGCCACUGCAGCAGCUUCUGCGCUGCACCGAAGAUGGCUGGGAGCCUCCUGUCACCCUCAACUGCAAACGCAGCUGCAGGCAGCCGCCGUUAACCCCUGAUGGCGCUGAGCUCAAAGGGCAUGGGUUGCAGCACGGCAGUGUAUGGACAGCAGAAUGCAAGCAAGGCUACGGAGGGCCUAACGGGGCCUUUUCUGUGGAUUUCAAGUGCGACGAUGGGCAGUGGGUUCGCGAGAAGUCUCUUGGAGCAGCAGCAGCAUUUGCCUGCAGCCCGCUGUGUCCCGCAUUGCUUCUCAACCCCCGAGCGUACACCGUGACGCCCGUUGCAGCAGCAGCAGAAGCAGCAGCAGAAGGAGAAACAGAAGCACCAGUAGCAGCGGGAGCAGCAGCAGCAGUUAAAAUUACUUGUGCCCCCAACAGCGUCCGCCUGGGGGGACCCCCCGAAGAAAUACUGCGGUGUCGAGGGGGCCUUUGGGGGCUGCGGUCCAUUGCCUGCGCUGCAGGCUGCAGCAACCCCCUAGACGAGCUGGGCAGGCACUACACCCUGAUGCAGCCCAAACAGCAGCAGCAGCAAAUGUUCCAACACGGGGACACAGUGGAUAUCACGUGCAGCGAUGAGCUGCAGCACCACAGUCCAGCAGCAGCAGCAGCAGCAGCAGCAGCAAGACAACCGCACACCAUUACCUGCAUCGAUGGACGUUGGGAGUCGAAACCCCAUGAGCAACGUCAGCAGCAGCACGAUGCUGAGGCGACAGUAGCAGCAACGACAGUCACAGGUAGCAGCAACGGGGUGCUGCUGCGCUGCAGCGCCACCUGCAGUGUUCCGCCUCUGCCCGCACACUUUUCGAUUAUCAUCCCCACGAAGAAGCGAAGGCUUGGAAAUCUCUUCGGGUCUGUUUGGAAGGAAAACGAGAAGCUUAUGAUUGGGUGCUCUCCUCCUUUCCAGCCCACAUUGCCCUCGCCUUUGCCGCCGCCGCCGCAGCAGCAGCAGCCGCAGCAGCGGCAGCAGCAACGGCAGCGCCAGAGGCUGCAGCAGCUCGAGUGCGUCGAUGGGGAGUGGGAGGGAGACCUCCGGGAAGAAGUCUGCGUGCGGCGCUGCCCAGGGGACGCGGGAGGCCCCACCGAAGCACAGUGGAGAGAGCUGGGUGUGCGUUGUGGCGAGAGCUGCAGCAGCAGUUGUGGCAGCUGCUACAACGGCAAGAAGGACAAGCAUGAAGACGGCGUCGACUAUGCAACACACAUCGCCGCUUUUGCUGCAGCAUGCGUACAGGCGGAUCUCGCGGCUUCAGCUGUCAGCGGGAGCAGCAGCAGCGUGGCAGCAGCAGCUCCAAGAGCCAUCAGCGCAGCGACAGCAGCAUUAGAACGCCUGGAUGACGAUGAUUUUAUGCUAUCUGGAGCAGGAGCAGCAGCAGCAGCAGCAGUUCACGGGCAGGACCCUCCCUUGCAGUGGCGCGAGGAGGAACUCCUCCGUUUCGGGCCGCCGGUGCUGCGUCUUGUUCAACCAGGAGUCGCAGCUGCUCAACAGCAGCAGCAUCAGCAGCAGCAACAGCAGCAACAGCAGAAACGUCUGAGCCCGUGCAUGCAGGAACUGGUUGGAGGGGUGUCGCGAUUGCUCGUCGGUGAAUGUGGGGCUUUGGCCUUCGGGCGGAGAGAGCUACAGGAGGCUGAAGAAUGCAGCAGGAAAACUGCUGCAGCAGCUGCUGCAGCUGCUGCAGGGAUGGGGGACGACCCAAUCGCAACAGCAGCUGCUGCUGAAGCUCAGGACGAACAUUUGCUGCAGCUCUUCCGGGAGUUGCUAGAGGUCCUUUGCUCUGUAGAGGACUCGCAGCACUGCUUCAGCCUUGCCGGCGACGCCUUCGCGCUACUGCAGCGGCUGCACCAAACACCACAGCUGCAGUUGCAGCAGCAGCUGAAGCAACAUGUGUGCCCAGGCAGCAGUGGCAAUGCCUGCUUCCGCAGCAACAUUCGGUACAUUUCGGUGCUGCUGCAGCUGCGAGAAUACGUCGAAAUAGCUUUGCCAGGCAUGCAUCCCCAGCACCAGCAGCAUCACCAGUCUUCUUCCUCGUUCGCAGCAGCAUCAACAGCAACAGCAGCAGGAGCAGCAGUAGGGACAAAGGGUCUCGACGACGGCGCUGUGGGUGUGGGGGUGCGGGGUCUGCUAACAGAUCUGCGGCGGCUGCCGGCGGUGCUGUCACUGCUGUUCGAGGCGGAUGGGAGGAGCUGUGCCCCCCAGGUCUUUGCUGUGGCAGCAGUAGACACUUUUGCUGCUCUGCCGCAGCAGGCAGCAGCAGCAGAAUUCUGUAGCAGCGCCCCUGAAGCGCCUUGCCUCCUUGAGGUGUACAGACUCGUCGGCAAAGAACUGCUGCGCCCGCAUCCGCAGCCCCAUACCCAGAAGCAGGAGCAGGAACAGCUGCUGCCGCAGCAGCAGGAGCAGCUGCAACAAAGACGGCAACAGCAGCUGCUGCAGCAGCAGGUGCAUCCCCAUGACUGGGCCUUAGGCACGGCUAUGGAAAGCAUAGGGAGGAAUUUUUGUUUGCGAAGUGCAGAAGACAAAACAUGCGGGGCGUUGCUGGUACCGCAAGAGGCGACAAGUGCAGCAGCAGCAGCAGCAGCAGCAGGACGCCUGCGCGUCUAUGAACCAGCAUCAGCAGCAGACAUGCCACACUGCAGCUGCCCUCUGGCCUUCGUGGGGGACGGCGAGUGCGACAACAGCUGCAAUACCGCCGCCUGUGCCUUCGAUAAAGGGGACUGCUUAGCGCAGCAGCAGCCGUUGCUGCAGCCAAUCAUCGAGUUGCUGCAGCAGCAUCUGGCUGGGGUUGCCGACGGCCCCUGCUUUCCCUUCAGUCUCAACUUUCAAUGCGCACAACACGAAUGCAGAGACGCAAUACAGAAUCUGCAGAAGCAGAACGGCUGUUGCGUGGCCCCCCAGUUGGAGUUGCUGCGGGACUUGCUCUACAUAGACCAACAGCAGCAGCAGCAGCAGCGACAGCAGCUCGCACUGCUGCAGCAGCAAAUGCCCAAUGCAGUGACGCCGCAGCUGCUGCACCUUAUCCAAUCGCUUUGGGACGAACUCGAAGGAACAUCUGGGCCCUUAGAAUUAUACCGCUCUGUUGCCUUCAUAGAGGCAGACUGCAAGAUGCCCUUAGACCGGACCUGCUCUCGGGGCCUUAACCGCUCUGUCUUCGCGGUCGAUGCGACAAUAGAGGGCCUCAACUACGAAGCCUUAACCAGCAGCAGCAGCAGGAGCGGCAGGAAUGAUGAGGGGGAGGAGCUGCUGCGUCACGUGCUGCGUGAUGUGUUCGCUGCUGCUUUGGGGCUGCCAGCUGUAGAGAGGCUCCGGCAGGACGAUUCCUCUGGCCUGGCGGCGCUUCUGUCUACUGAGCUGCAGCGGCAGCAGGCUGGUGCUGCUGAAGCAACGCAUGCGAAUCAGGCUCUGCAGCAGCAGCAGCAGAAGGCAUUGGGUCCCCUGUUGCUGCACCCAAUUCCCUUGCUGCUGCCUGCAGCAUGCUUUUCUUCGCCUCGUGUGUCCGUCUCUCCGUCGAGCGUCUCCAUAGCCCCCGUUGCCUUUGCUUCUCCUGGCAGCAGCAGCAGUAGCAGCAGUCGGCGGCAGCAGCAACGGGAGCUGCUAAGGCCUGAGAAGGGUACGUGGGGCCUGGGCCGCAUAGCAGCACGCGAUGUCUCGUGCAGCACAAAUGAGGGCCUCAGCGCCCCGCCAAACGUCUCUGUCUUCGAGGCCUACAGACUCCACUCCACAUCCGCUACAAACGAACACGGCUCAGUCAUUACUGUGCUGCAAUUGGAGCUGCAGCAGUUGGCGCUGGAGCAGUCGAUACUGCAGCAGCAGGCGGCGCUGCAACAGGCGGCGGCUCGAAGGGGCAGCAGGUGCUGCUGUGCAGGAAGCCUUGCGGGCCGUACGAAGCAGCAGAUCCUCUAG